AGUUUUAUCUUCCAAUGUGGUUGCUCAGUGGGAGGGACUUGCAGAUAAUGCGCUUCUCUUCCAGCUUCUGUCAUUCUGUGGGUAUUGUUUGUUGUCAUAAAGAUGGAGUUCUUACUGGGCAAUCCGUACAGCACUCCUGUGGGCCAGUGCUUAGAGAAGGCCACGGAUGGCGGCCUGCAGGCUGAGGACUGGACCCUCAACAUGGAGAUCUGUGACAUCAUCAAUGAGACGGAGGAAGGGCCUAAAGAUGCCAUCCGGGCGCUGAAGAAGAGACUGAGUGGGAACAGGAACUACCGGGAGGUGAUGCUAGGAUUGACGGUGCUGGAGACGUGUGUAAAGAACUGCGGCCACCGGUUUCAUGUCCUCGUGGCUAACCGGGACUUCAUUGAUGGUGUCCUCGUCAAAAUCAUCUCCCCCAAAACCAACCCCCCCACCAUCGUACAGGACAAAGUCCUGGCUCUGAUCCAGGCCUGGGCGGAUGCCUUCAGGAGUAGUCCUGACCUGACGGGGGUGGUCCAUAUUUAUGAGGAGCUGAAGAGGAAAGGCAUCGAGUUCCCCAUGGCUGACCUGGACACUCUGUCACCCAUCCACACACCACAGAGGGGUCUACCAGAGGUGGACCCAGCUGUACUAAAGUACAAAGCCCCCAUCCAGCCCCACGCUGCAGCCACAGCCACCCUCCCCAAGCCUGCAGCCGCCCCGGCUCCGGCCCCCGCCCCCCUCACCCCCAUCCUACAGAUACCACACAUCCCCAACGUACAGGGCCCCAUCACCGCCAACCCUGAACAGAUCGCCCGGCUGCGCAGUGAACUGGACAUUGUGAGGGGAAACACCAAAGUGAUGUCAGAGAUGCUGACUGAGAUGGUGCCUGGACAGGAGGACUCCUCGGACCUGGAACUCCUUCAGGAGCUGAACAGGACGUGCAGGGCCAUGCAGCAGCGGGUGGUGGAGCUGAUCUCCCGGGUCUCCAAUGAGGAGGUGACAGAGGAGCUGCUGCACGUCAACGACGACCUCAACAACAUCUUCCUACGAUACGAGAGGUAUGAGAGGUACCGGUCGGGUAGAGCGGCUCAGAAUAACGGGAUGCUCAGUGAAGCCACAGAGGACAACUUGAUAGACCUAACGCCAGGCUCGCCCGCUGUGGUCAGCCUCCGAGCCACCUCCACACCCCCGUCCAGCAUCCCCCCUGUGACCGCCCCUAGGGUUGGGGCUACAGCCUCCCCUGCCCGGACCCUGAUCCAAGACCCUACCUCUGGUCCCUCAACUCUGUCCACUCAGCUCGCCGGCCUGGAUGUGGGUGGGGUUAGUGUCAGUGGUACCCUGUCCUCUCUGUCGGGCCACAACCCUGGAGACGACUUUGACAUGUUUGCUCAGACCAGGACCAGCUCUCUGGCAGAUCAACGCAAAAAUGUGAAGUACGAGGACCCUCGAGCCCUGGGUGGGCUUGCCUCAGCUCUGGACGUCAGACAACAGAACGCCACUGGAGGGCUGAGGGUCAUAGGGGAUGAUAACCCAGAGUUGGAGCUGCCCAUAGACAGCUGGCUUAUUACCCAAGGAAUGAUCCCCGUAUCGCAGUCCUCUGUCAUGGAUGACAUAGAGGAGUGGCUCUGUGCUGAUGUGAAAGGCGAUGGUUUAGAUGGUGAGGAAGGGGUGACGAGUGAAGAGUUUGAUAAGUUUCUGGAGGAUCGAGCGAAGGUGGUCGAUUCCUUACCAUCGCUCCCUGGUGAUGAGCCUGGUCCCCCUCUCAGCGCCCCCAGCGGCACCCGCAAGAAGGCUGAACGGACGGAGGAUGCCCUCUUUGCCUUGUAGACUCUCCCCCAGGAAACCUCUCUCUCUGAGACAUCUGCAGUACCUAGGUAUCCCCUAUCCGCCACUCCUGCCAAGCAGCAGUGUAGCUACUGAACUGAACACCAAUCCUCCUCCUGCAGAGGACCAUGCUUGCUGUCUGCUUGCUGUCUGCUUGCUGUCUGCUUGCUGUCCGCCUGCCCAGCCACGUUGCAUCAUGUAUUACUAUUGAGGGUUUGAUCCGUCUGUCAGUGUGGGAUGUGUCUGUCGUCUUGUAUCUCAUCUGCAGCUAGCUACCCUAAGGAGGAUAUAACCUAACAUUGUGAGGAUGAGGAUAAAAUGACACAACCUCGUCUUUAUGUUCCUCUGAAGGUGUGAAGGUUAACAGAAAAAAUCCUUCUGAAAAAGCAGACCGAGGCAUAUAGUCUAUACAAACAGAGGAGUACUGUGUUAUUUUAAUAAAUGUAGCUUAUGAAUCAUUUAUGCAUUUAUUCUUUUAACGGUUUGUACUGUACUAUGUACUAGCGCUGCACUCUGUAGUUGUCUCUUUUUUAUUAUUUACUCACGUUCCUUUUUAGGUUUCCUUAACCCUUUCAUUACCCAUUCUACAGUUGUGAAAUGUUGGUACAGGGAAAGGCAAUGCAUGAGGAAAGACUACUGUUUGACAGACUCCAUGCUAGUGUUACUCAAUUAUGGCACAAUAGUUCUGCAGGGCCAAAUAGCAAACAUGACUUACCUGUAUCUGUCUGUCUCCACAUUUCAAAAGGGAGAAGGACAAAAUAUAUACAGCUGCAAGCAGCCAUGUCAAGGUUCAAGCCCCAUGGCACCACAGCAAAUAUCUGGCACACAGCUUUUAUAUUUGCUUUCCUCUUUGAAAAGCUGUUGUCAACUUCCCUCCAUGUUAUCUGUGUGGUGUGUACAUACUGUAGGGAAGGAAAGGGUCCAAAAUAGUAUUUUCAAUCAGAACCUAAGUAACACCCACCAAAUAUUUCUGAUGGAUAUUAUACAGGGGGUACCGGUACCAUACAUUGACCCGUUACCGUUACCCCCUGUAUAUAGCCCCGUUAUUGUUACUCUUUUAUUUUUUACUUUAGUUAAUUUAGUAAAUAUUAUCUUAACUCUUAUUCUUCAUAAAACUGCAUUGUUGGUUAAGGGCUUGUAAAUAAGCGUUUCACAGUGAGGUCUACACCUGUUGUAUUCGGCGCAUGUGACAAAUGGAAUGUGAUUAAUACUACCACGACAACAACCGUAUGAGUUGCAGCAGUGACGUUCCGCUCUGGUACUAUCUGUACACUAUGUAAGUGUAGCGAUUUUGAGUUCUUCCAAAGACUUUUUAAUGACAAACUAAUUUAGUAAUUGUUUAUCAGAGGAGGUUGGUGGCACCUUAAUUGGGAAGGGCGGGAACGUGGUAAUGGCUGGAGCGGAAUAAGUGGAAAGGUAUCAACAACAUCAAACACAUGGUUUCCAUGUGUUUAAUGCCAUUCCGUUCGCUUCUUUCCAGCCCCUUUCCAGCCCCUCAGCAGCCUCCACUGGUGUCUUCUGAUAUUGGGCUAUUCUUCAAUGUUUUCCCUCCCCUUCUACCAUGAGACCAAUUUCAUGAACUUUAUGCACUUUUGGAUCCUUGAACGUUUCGGUAUAUUUAUCCUUGUGUUAAUAAGAUGGGAACUGUUUUUAUAGGACACAAGACAUUUUCUUAGACUAAUUGCAUAUGAUUUUAAAUCUUUAUGAAAUUUCAGCCCUUUUCUGCUCUACAAAGCAAACUUUACAGACAGCCGUAAAUAGAAAACCGGACACUUUUUCCUGAUAUGGAAAUUAAAGGAAUAGUGCAGGUGAAAUAUGGCACUGAAAAUCGAAUCAAAUUGUAAAUUUAUGAUGGCGUAUUGGUAGCAUACUUCACAGAAAAGAGUUAUUGCAAACGCUUAUACAUGUAGUUAUUGUAAUCAUUUUUUUACGUAUGUUUACAUAAAUAUGUAUAUACAUCAGAAAUAUGUGAGUCUUACCUGCAGUACAUGUUUAAAAGUCCAACUGAAUUAUUAGCUUUUGUGUAGGUCGCCUAGUCGAAAGGCUAACUCAUUAAUGUAUUGUUUGGUCUCCUGGUUGUAUAUGUACAGUAAUGUCAUGCAGGAAAAUGAAUUCCUCCCAGAUCCUUUCUACUUUGGGGAAGCUCCCCUGCUCUCCUCUCUUUACACAUACAUGUGUGGAACAGAAAUAGGUUCGGAUGUGCUUCGGAAGGAUGACCAAAAACGUUAUUUUUACCGUGUUUUAUGUGUUUUUACUGUGGUCUAAAUUGUCUGGUAAAGCUUCCUGUCUUUUAUUUUUGAGGAUUACAGUGGGUGGUAGCUGUGGGCUGUGACUCUGCUAGUGGGAAUGCCCCUUUUAACCUGUUAACAUUCUAUUUUACUUUGCUUACCUACAGUAGGUAAUGGAGUUAGAUGCGGGCAUAACAUUCUCUUCCUGUUGUCAGGAAAACAUGGGCUACAGACCUUUGAGGCAAAAGAGGUUCGUUCUUCAUUUCAACUCUUUUGCCAGUACUUUUCAAAGUUAAUGCUUAUAAAGCUUCUACAAUUAACACCAAAUGAAUAACUACAAAACGCCAUGACGUUUCACUUCAAUAGGAACUAUGUGUUUACUUGCAAGUAUCCUUAUAUACUUAUCAAAGUAAUGUGUAUUAUACUGUAAAUGAGAUUCUCAAAUAAGUAAAAAAAGACCUUACUGUAUUUUAUUUAAAAACAUCUGCUUCCAGAUCAAACAUUAUUUGUAACAAUCAUUUAUAAAUGUUAGAGGGUGAUAUUACAAACAAGUAUAUUAUUUGUAUGAUUUGUCUUGGGCAUUAAUGUUUGAAUGUGUUUUAGAAUACUGUAACAGAAUAAACUGUUAUUAAUGCGCUUUAACUAUGUUUCAUUCUUGUCCUAGUUGGUCUUCUGUUGCUUUAAUUCCACCUCUUAUGAAAUAGUAGCAUACAUUUUACAAUCAACAGUUGCUGUUCCUCUUAUGUCUUAAGGCUGGACAAAGCAUAGAGAUGUUUGAACUAAGAUUCUUUGUUACUGAACAAAUAUAACAUGUCACUUUAAACAGUUGAUUUCUAUGUGUGUCACUUUUUAUUUUUUAUAACCAGAAAGCAUUAUGUAUAUGCUUAAUCUUUUACGCUGUCCUCCGAUCAGAUGGUUGUGUGAACCUGUUGGUUUGCUAUGGAUCAUGUGAACCUGUUGGUUUGCUAUGGAUCAUGUGAACCUGUUGGUUUGCUAUGGAUCAUGUGAACCUGUUGGUUUGCUAUGGAUCAUGUGAACCUGUUGGGUUGCUAUGGAACAUGUCGACCUGUUGGGUUGCUAUGGAACAUGUCGACCUGUUGGGUUGCUAUGGAUCAUGUGAACCUGUUGGGUUGCUAUGGAUCAUGUGAACCUGUUGGUUUGCUAUGGAUCAUGUGAACCUGUUGGUUUGCUAUGGAUCAUGUGAACCUGUUGGGUUGCUAUGGAACAUGUCGACCUGUUGGGUUGCUAUGGAUCAUGUGAACCUGUUGGGUUACUAUGGAACAUGUCGACCUGUUGGGUUGCUAUGGAACAUGUCGACCUGUUGGGUUGCUAUGGAACAUGUCGACCUGUUGGGUUGCUAUGGAACAUGUGAACCUGUUGGUUUGCUAUGGAUCAUGUGAACCUGUUGGGUUGCUAUGGAACAUGUCGACCUGUUGGGUUGCUAUGGAUCAUGUGAACCUGUUGGGUUGCUAUGGAUCAUGUGAACCUGUUGGGUUGCUAUGGAUCAUGUGAACCUGUUGGGUUGCUAUGGAUCAUGUGAACCUGUUGGGUUACUAUGGAACAUGUCGACCUGUUGGGUUGCUAUGGAUCAUGUGAACCUGUUGGGUUGCUAUGGAACAUGUGGAUCUGUUGGGUUGCUAUGGAACAUGUGGAUCUGUUGGGUUGCUAUGGAACAUGUGGACCUGUUGGGUUGCUAUGGAACAUGUGGACCUGUUGGGUUGCUAUGGAACAUGUGGACCUGUUGGAUUGUUAUGGAACAUGUGGACCUGUUGGGUUGCAACAGGAAUGAGCUAUUGGACAUUGUAACCCAAUGUAUCUCUUCACUACCCGCAAAACUGGUUGAAAUAUGUAAUUUCAACAGCAAAACUAGUUAAAUGUUUUUUCAACCAGUUUUGCUCACUGAGUAUGGACAUGGGGGAGCUGGAAAUUGUGUCCUCCGGUGUUCUGUUGAGGAACAGCUGUUUUUCCUGACUAGGAAAUGUUCCGGUCUAGACUAAAUGGUCAGGAGAACUCUUGUCCCUCCUGUAUGAUGAUGUGGGUGUUCUAUGGCUGUGCUGUUCUGCAAUUCAUUACUUUGGUUUCAGCUUUCUAUUGUGUGACCUGAUUAUGCACGUAUUAACCAAUAAAACACUAGCAACGUGUGACCUCUA